CAGACUGUAGCAGCCAAUCCAAACAGCCGUCUGGGACGUAGCUGUGCGUCGCAGCCUGGCUGGUGUCGGUGGUUACGUGACGUCGUCAGCACCGCAGUCUCGCCACAGUAGCAGCGGCACAGCACACCCAUCAAAAGCCGUGUACAUCCAGCCAUCUGACGUAGAGGAGAAGGCAAGAACCAUAAUGGCAGCAGCAUCCCCCUCUCUGGACCCAGAUUUAAUGCGGGAGGUUCUUGAGUGCCCUAUCUGCCUGGAGACCUACAACUCAGACCAGAUGAGGCCCAAGCUCCUGCAGUGUGGUCACACGGUGUGCCGGCAAUGCCUAGAGAAGCUGUUGGCAAGUACUAUCAAUGGUGUGCGCUGCCCAUUCUGCAGCAAAGUCUCCCGAAUGAGCAGUAUCUCCCAGCUGGCUGACAACCUUACUGUGCUCAAGAUCCUGGACUGUACUAGCUCCUGCAGUGCUGCUGCCGCCGCCCUCAUGUGCAAAUCCUGUUGCAACCGUCUCCCACGCCAGUACUGCCAUGAUUGUGCUACAGUCCUCUGUGACCUCUGUAAAGUGGACGGUCACCUGCAUCAAGGCCACUCAGUCCAGCUAAUCAGGCUGGCAGCUGAACAGCGCCGCAAAGAACUGGGUAGCAAGUUGGCUGCUCUGCGUGAGGCUAUGGACCAAAUUCAGAAGAAAAAGACAGCUAUUGACAAUAUUUCAAAGUCCUUGAGACUUAAGUAUCGGGCAGUGCAGCAGGACUAUGCCACAGCUGAGCUACGUAUUCAAGAGGAACUCAGUCGCUCUCGAAGGACAUUUGCUGCUUCCAUGGCAGAAGUGGAAAAGCUCAAUGGACAGAUCCUGGAAGAGCAGACAUAUCUCCUUAACAUUGCAGAAGUGCAGGUAGUGUCUCGCUGUGACUACCUGACAAUGCAGAUGAAGCAGAGUGAUAUUGCUCUGUUAAAGGAUGAUAGUGGGGGCAAUGAUGAAGAGGAGCUUGACUUGAGGACCAGCUUACCAAUGACAUUUAAGCUUCAAGAGCCAGAGCUGGUCCGGCCAGAGAAUCCCAAAGCAAUAGAGGUGGGCCAGAUCACCACUAACACCUGUGCUGUCAAUACAGAUGAUGAGGAGAGUGGGUUGGAGCUCGCACUUGAGGGUGUUGUUGAAGGAGUAGCUGGGGCAGAAGGUGCUACAGGAGGUACAGCAGGAGCUCCAAUGGAUCUUUAUAGAGAUGUAGACAUGGUUGCAGCUGUAGAGGAGGCAGUAUGUGCCUCACCAGGCAGUUUUAAGUCAAAGUCCAUGGAUGGAGGGGGGCCGUCACCUGGUGGGGCUGGGGCAGCCGCAGGUCUCCAGGUAUGCCAAUUUGUGAAGAAGAUGGGCCGUAAAGGGAACCUGCCUGGCAUGUUCAACUUGCCAGUCAGCAUUUGUGUGACACCACAGGGUGAGGUCUUGGUGGCUGAUCGUGGCAACUACCGCAUCCAGAUCUUUAAUCGCAAAGGUUUCCAGCGUGAGAUCCGCCGAAAUGCCAGCAGCAUUGACAACUUUGUCCUGAGCUUCCUUGGAGCUGACCUGCCCAACCUCAUCCCAUUGUCCAUCGCUGUCACCCCUCAAGGCCUGAUUGGGGUUACUGAUAACUAUGACAAUUCAGUUAAAGUCUACACCAUGGAUGGACAUUGUGUGGCCUGCCACAAGAACCAGCUGAUUAAGCCCUGGGGAAUCACAGCCAUGCCAUCAGGCCAGUUUGUGGUUUCAGAUGUGGAAGGAGGCAAGCUGUGGUGCCUGGCAGUGGACCGCAAUGUGGGUGUGGUCAGCUACAACCGACUUUGCUCUGCUGUGCGGCCAAAGUUUGUGACAUGUGAUGCAGCUGGAACAGUGUAUUUCACUCAGGGCCUUGCCCUGAACUUUGAAAAACGCCACAAUGAGCCCCACCUCGAGGGUGGCUUCUCCAUUGGCUCGGUGGGUACUGACGGCCAGCUAGGGAAGCAGCUGAGCCACUUCUUCUCAGAGACAGAGGACUUCCGCUGUAUCACUGGCAUGUGUGUGGACAACAAUGGUGACUUGUUGGUUACUGACAGUGGCAGGAAGGAAAUCCUCCAGUUUCCUAAAGAGGGUGGAUUCAAAAUUCUCAUCCAGGAAGGGCUGACCUGCCCUGUGGGAGUAGCCAUCACUCAGAAAGGACAGCUGCUGGUGUUGGACUGCUGGGACCACUGUGUCAAAGUCUACACAUACAUCCAGAGGAGACGGUCUUCCACCUGUUAGGGGAAAUAAUCCAGUCCAUCCACAAGUAUCUCUGAAUGUGUGAGAGGUGCACUGGGGUAUGUGUUGAUGUGUGUAUGGGUGUUGGGGAAAGGUAGAAAAAAAACCCUAUUGUAUUGGUCACUUUAAUAUCAGUGGCUCCAGUACAAACAACUUUCACUCCAGCUUUCAUUAGGUGAUGAAUUCAUAUCACUAUACCAGAUUUGCAAUCACUUUGGGUCAAAUAAUGUUGAUUUUUAGCUGUGCUACAAUGCAAAUUCUAUCAUUCAUGCAGAUUUUAAUGGAUCACAGCACUAAAAUAUGCCUGCCAAAAUUUCAGCAGCAGAGAAUGCUGGCACAAUUUACACAAAGAAAGCCUUAAUUAGUGUUUUUGAAAAAUUAUAAAAAAGUAGCAGCCAAUCCAGGCACAACUAUCAUAUAAGAGCCUUUAAGAGCACUCCUGUCUACCUUCUCUGCUUGCUUACCCACCUUUAAGCCUCAUUGUAUGAGUGGAAUGCAUGGAUUUUUCCUCAGUUGUCUCAGCUUUUCAACAUAAACAUGAGAGAAAGCUGAACAUUAAACACUGACAUACAUGUGACAUAAAGCAAACUAAGGCGUAUGGCCUGUGAAGCACUUUAUCAUUGACAUUUCACUGUUUCGUAGAGUGAGGCCGGUCACAGUAAUAAACUCUGGUAUAACUGAAUGCAUCUGCCAUCAUUAAAUUUAAUUGGUUAUCUGUGGUGGGGAUUGGUCAAACUUCCAGGUUUACCUUGUGGUUAGCUAAUAAGACAUUAUUACGCAAGCAUCAACAUUCAGUUAGUUGCAGAGGACAUUGAUAAAAUAUGUGCAAUGGAAAAGACACUAGGCGUUUAGAGCCCAUUUAGAAAAGUAAUAAUGCAAGAAAGCCAUUUGCAGUGGCUUGGGAUGGUCCUAUUUAGAUCUUCAUGAAAAAGCUCUUGUACAGGUGUGUAAAAACCCAUAUCUGUUUUUCCUUUUCAGUCAUGGAAGUUUUAUAUAAGAAGAAAAUCAAAGGCUCUGUUUAAAGAACUUGCUAAGAAAUGUAUCAUUUAUUUUUAUUUUAUUUAUUUGGUAUUUAUUUUCACUGUCUAUAACUGGCGUACUCGAUUUUGCACACUGUGCACAAUAGCCACAAUCUCUCCAGUUGAGACUACAGAAGAGCAGUUUGUGACAUUUUCACUUCACUUUAUUUACUCAAGCAUGAUCAGAUCACUGAUGCGCAGAACCUCGUCUCUAUCUACUCUUCCCCUCAACCUUCUGUCAGGGACCUCCCAGACAACUCUUGAUUCAAGUGAAGUAGUAGCAAGAGGCAGGUUGAAGAAACCCAUCUGCAAGAUGAAAUCCUUCACAAUUGCCCUGGAUCCCAUUCCAGCUGUUAUGCUUAUUCAUGCAUCUGGUGACCAAGAGGUUGUGGUCAUCUUCAGGCCUCUCCUCGACAUCCCAUUCCUCUGCAAACUGCUGGAAAGAGUGGUUGCAGAUCAGAUCCAGGAACAUCUCAAUCUCAACAACUUUUUUUGAAAAUAUCCAUUUUUGUUCACUGUAGCGCUCAAACUGUUUUACUUAGGAUCAGUUGAAGAUCCUGAUGGUGGCUGACUGUAGCUCCUUUCCUAAUUCUCUUUGACCUUAACACUGCUUUCAACAGCACUGACCAGCCUAUCCUACAUGAACAUCUCCACAGCACCGCGGACAUUCGUAAUCUGCCCAACUCUUGAGGUUGGGGAGGUUUAGAGAUCCCAGAUGCCUCUGUUCAGCUGUAGGGCCCCUCAAGGUUCAGUCCUUGGUUCCUCUUUUUAUUCCUUAUGUGCUACUUUUAAAAUGUGUCAUCAGUCAGCUUGAAAUUGUAAUCUAUUGCUGUGCAGUACACUGAGCUGGAAUGGAUAGUGUGUCAGUCUUUCUAAUUUUCCUCACAGCUGCUUUGAGGAAAUGAGCAUUUGGUUGAAGCACACAGUCGUCAAAAAAAGUCAGACCCUUUUUGAAGGCAGCCCUACUAAGCCCAACAAACAUGUACCACCUCACCUUUGCUUACUAAAUCAUUUUCCUCUGCAGUCUUCAAUCUGGGCUUCAGUUUGGGCCCUUACCUUUCCUUAAUUGGCCAUAUUAAGUAUCAGGGCAAAGAUUACUUCUCAAAGUUUUAAAAAUCCCAUCAACCAUUGUCAAAUCCUAAAAUUGUUGGUUCCAGAGAGGUUUGUGUCUGUAUUUUCUCAUGCCUUGGGUGUGGCAACAAAAGCUUGAUGGGGAUCCUUGGCAGGGGUGUCCAGAAACUCCGGUAUGUCCAGAACAGCACUGCAAGGCUUCUGAUGAGAGAGGAACCAUCAACACAUCACACCCAUUCUGGCCUGAUUACACGGGUACACUGGUUCCCUGUCUCCAUGUUUUAAUUCUUUGCCCUUGUGUGUCUGUGUAUGUGUGUGUUUUCCUUGUUCCCCUGUAGCUGUUUGAGGUUUUCUUUUAAUGAAAAAUGUGUUAGAAAUAAAAUACACUGCCAAUAUGGUACCUGGGUAAAGCUUUAGCUAUGCUAAAGACAGCAGUAACGUACAAUUUUGGCUGACACAGGAUCAAUCAAUGUGUAGACUUGUUCUGUAUCAAUGUUUAUAUUAUAUAAAGAGUGCAAUUGAAUUACUGAGCCUAACAAGCCUUUCAGGUAAAGUGAUAACAGUAAAAGUCACCUUUAAUUAAAAGAACGUGUGGCCUAAAUACUGGGUAUUCAAUUUAUCAUUGAAACCCAACCAUCAUUGAAGUACAUUACAUGGCCUAGAUAUGUCUAACACAGGUGCUGAAUUUGCAUUAAAAUAGCCUGUAACAGGGGCUGUGUUUUAAACUCAGAAAUGAUAGAUGAGUUUAAUUAAAAAUUGUAAUAUGCCUGCUCUGGGACCUUAAAUCUUCUCCAAUUCAGGUUGAACUUGUUCCCAAAUGCAUAUCACAGUCAGCUGCAACCAUAAUCAGGAAAGGUGAAAUAUCUGACUUUACAGCUGGUUAAAUAGUAACAUAUAAACACUUAUCAGUCAUUUUCUUGAUUGUGUAUUCAUGACUUAUUUGUUUUGUGGUUUGCCCACAUUUUGUUUCUUCACCAAAGGAUUUCAGGUCAGGAUAUAUGCUAUCUGAGCUGCAUGCCAACCUUGUCAUUAAGAUUGCUUUUUUCACUACCUACACUUUAUUCAGUGGUCAUGACAAGUAGACCUUACAAGAGCAUCAAUGCAGAUAUUCUUAACUUUUGUUGACAUAAAAAUAAUAGUAAUAAUAAAUAAAAAAAAGUGUCCUUGUAUCACUGUGUUGAACAUCAGAGAGUAUUUUUCUCACCUUACCUGAAUUUGGGGUGAGUGUUGCAAUAUGUCCAUGUGUGUGUGCAGAACCAAACACCCAUAUGUUCUUCAGGUGUCAAGUCCUUUGGAGGCUGAAUUUUACACUAUGUUAAUCACAUUACAGGCCUCUCUGUGCAGUCUCAAUUUUAUGUUUGUACUGGUGAUUAUCUGAGUGCAAUAAACACUGAUGAAACAUCA